UACCUGUCCAUUCUCAGUUUAGUUACAACGGUAACUUUAGUUGUCAAGCUGUUUCUUAAAAUUUAUGAGUGGUUUAUCUAAUAAAUUAUAUUAUUUUGCUUAUGGAAGUAACAUCAAUUCUGAACGUUUAAAGUUAUCAAUCACAACGGCUAAUUUUGUUGAUAUCGGAUAUGUUAAAAAUUAUAAACUAGACUUUGCUCUUCACUCAAAGAGAUGGAAAGGAGCAUGUGCUACAAUUGUUCCAUCUCCAAAUGAUAUUGUAUGGGGUGUUAUAUGGUUAAUUGAAAAUGAAGAUAAAUCUAAACUGGACAUUCAAGAAAAUAUCAAUGAAGGCGUUUAUGAUAUCCUAGAUAUAGAAUGUGAUUCUAAGAGUGGGGAUAAAAAAUAUUGCUGUUUUGCUUAUGUGCUUAAAUUAAAAGAUGAAUGUAAAACUCCCUCAAAAUUAUAUAAAAAUGUAAUUAUAAAUGGAGCUAAGGAACAUAAAUUUCCUGAAUAUUAUAUUGCAUUUUUGAAUGAUCUGGAAGAUAAUGGGUAUGAAGAAAAUUUUGAGUAUUUUAAAGAAAAAAUAUGCUUAUUUAAAAUAUAAUAGAUUAUAAGCACCAAACUUUAACUAGUCAUAAUAUCUA